AUGGGCGGCGAGGAGGGGCGGACGCUUCCAUUUAACGAGCGGUGUCAGCAGAAGAAAACGGGACAGGAGGCAGCAAAAGGGCGACAGAGGUAUACAAUUCCCGGGGUGUAUUUACUGAAUCGCACCAUUGGACUUGAGUUUGUCAUUGCCUUAGAGAGGGGGACAAACGAUGGAAGGGAGGCCAGAUCAUGCUUCAAUAUGUCCAAGGUCAGUGCUGAAGAGAUGGAGGAGAUCAGAGAGGGCUUUGAAAAAGUUGAUGUGGAUGGGAAUGGUUACAUCUGUGCCUCUGAACUUGGAAAUCUCUUCCGUGAGGUGGGCUGUCCAUUGCCUGGUUACCAGAUCAGAGAACUCAUCCAGAAGCUUGACCGUGAUCAGGACAGUCACAUCAACUUAGAGGAAUUCACGGCUAUCUUCCAGGAGAUGAAAGAUGACCGUUUGGCUAAGGGCUUCAGGAAAGCACUCAAUAAGAAAGAAGGCAUUGUAGCCAUAGGUGGCACAAGUGAGAUCUCCAGUGAGGGGACGCAGCAUUCGAUCUCUGAGCAGGAGCGCUUUGCGUUUGCCAACUACAUCAACUCAUCUUUGGAGGAGGAUCCAGACUGUAAACAUGUGCUGCCCAUCAACCCAAACACUGAAGCUCUGUUUAAAGCUGUGGCAGACGGCAUUGUGCUUUGCAAACUCAUCAACCUGUCUGUUCCUGACACGAUCGACGAGAGAACUAUCAACAAAAAGAAACUGACGGCUUUCACAACGCAGGAAAAUCUGAAUUUGGCCCUCAAUUCAGCUUCAGCCAUUGGCUGCCAGGUGGUCAACAUCGGGGCUCAGGAUUUGAAGGAGGGGAAACCCCACCUGGUGCUUGGACUCCUGUGGCAGAUCAUUAAGAUUGGGCUGUUUGCUGAUAUAAAGCUGAGCCAGAAUGAG